AUGUUGGGGAUUCUCUGCCUUCUCAUCGCCGCGGUUACUUGUGGCGACGCAGCCAAAGCGGUGACCCUGACGCCAGCGGAUCUGAGCGUUCCUGUAGGACGAGAGGUCAUUUUCAAUUGCAACAUUGAGAGGGAUGAUCGUGAUUACAUCAGAUUUUAUAGACAGUUUCCUGGAAAUGCUCCACAGUUAAUUCUGCGGCAUCGUCGUUCACUGUCCUCACCUAGCUAUGAUUCAGGGUUCUCCUCUAGCCAGUUCGAUGCCAAAGCGUCCUCCGAUGUGGAUUUCAAAGUCAUCAUUAAACAGGCAAAGGUAGAAGAUUCUGCUGAGUAUUAUUGUGACACAUGGGAUAGCACUGCUGCUGAAGUAGUAUCACACGGAGGGACCAAGCUGCUUGUGACAAGCUCUGAUGUGACUCCCCCCGUGGUGACUGUCUUCCCUCCGUCCAAUGAUGAGCUCCAGUCCAAAGAGGCCACACUCGUUUGCAUGGCCACCCAGUCCAUCCCGUACGCUGACGUCACUUGGAUGGCUUGCGGCCGUCAGGCGACGGGCGCCGUCGCCACCGGUCCUGCUGAGCGAGAAUCGAACGGCAACUACAAAAUCAGCAGCUAUCUCACCGUGCAGACGUCCGAAUGGAACUCAGACGUCCCUUACACUUGUAAGGUGUCUUUGGGCUCCCAGUCUGCUGAAAACACCAUUAAGAAGUCCAAGUGUGCAACUUAGCAACACCACAACAAUGUGUAUGCAUGUUUGUAGUGAGUGAUUUUACCGCAUUCUG